AUGGGAGGCAAGUCUGAAGCAACUUCCAAGGCGGUACAGUCCACCCUCGACAGCGUGACCUCGAACGCCGAGACAGGAGUAGCAGGUCUAGUCUUUGCAGCAAUCAACAAAGAUGGCGACAUUAUCACUGCAAAUGCCUCUGGCAACCGUGGAUUGAACACCAAGCAACCCAUGACUCUGGAGACUACAUUCUGGAUUGCGAGUUGCACCAAGAUGAUCACUGCCAUUGCUGUCAUGCAGUUGGUUGAGCAGGGCAAGCUUGACCUUGACGAUCAUAAGCAGUUGUAUAAGCUGUGUCCUGAACUGGAGAAAGUCAAGGUGUUGACUGAUGAUGGCAAGUUGGAGGACAAGGAGGCGGAGAUCACUCUGAGAAUGUUGUUGUCGCAUACCGCAGGUUUCGGAUACGAAUUCUUCAACACCAAGCUCAGAGACUACGGCCGUCCCGUCGGCUUCGACGUCUUCAGCGGCGACAAGAACGAAGUGCUCAAUAUGCCCUUGGUCAACCAACCAGGCAGUAGAUGGGAGUACGGCAUCAACAUCGACUGGGCCGGCAUAGCACUCGAGCGUCAAACCGGCCUGACCCUCAACGAAUACAUGCAGCAAAACAUCUUCCAACCCCUCGGUCUCAACAACACAAACAUGUUCCCGACCAAAGAGAUGAAGUCGAAUUUGGCUUCUAUGCAUCAACGCUGGCCUGGUGGCUCAAAGGCUGAAGAAAGAGAUCAUGUAUACCGUCGUCCUUUAGCUGCAGAGUCUGAGGAACAAAAAGCUGCCAUCCUGUGUAGUGGUGGUGCUGGUCUUUUCUCUCGUCCGACCGAGUAUAUCAAGGUUCUUGCUGUGCUGCUGAACGAGGGCACUUGCCCAAAGACGAACAAGCAGAUUCUCAAGGCGGAUACUGUCAAGCACAUGUUUGAGAACCAGAUUACUCAGUUCCCAGAGUUUGGAAGAAGAGGUAUUCCGGAUGCGAAGCCAGAGCAUACCAAUGUGUUGGGUGACUUGUACCCGCAAGGUGAUGUUGCACAGGGUUGGUGCCUCAGCGCCAUGUUGACGGUUGAACCGGGCAUGACAGGACGUGGCAAGAACACCGCGUUCUGGGCGGGCAUUGCAAACUUGUUCUGGUGGGUAGACAGAGAGAAGGGCGUCGCUGGUAUGAUUGCCAGUCAAGUCAUGCCCUUCGGAGACCCCAAUGUAAUGGGCGCUUGGUUCGGCGCAGAGACAGCAGUCUAUGAUAAUUUGGGUGCGUAA